UUCAUUCAUUGUUUAUGAGUGAAUAAGCUUUAUAUUAGGACAGACACAAGGAUGGUUUUAAAAUGACAGUACAACUAUCGCAUGUAUACUCUGGGAUUUAUAAAUGGUUGUAUUCGUCCCAAAUAAAGUGCAUAUUGAUGUCGAUGGAACAGCAUUUUGGAACUGGCGUUUAUUUUAGUGUGAUCUCCAUUGGAAAUUUUUGUGCUAUUUUUAGAGGAUUGCAACCACAUCGGUCUUGCGUUUUCUGCAGAUAUGAGCGCGGGCGAGGGUUUCAGGAAAGGACACAGUGAAUUUCACCCUAAGGAACUGAAUCAUGCGGACCUUACUACCCCAAGGGAAGGGGUUGAGGAGCGGCCUCGAACAUCUGUUCCGAUACUAGGAGUACCGUACGAUGUGUUUUGUAGUGCACUCUUUUUCCUUCUUGAAGACUGGGUACAGAACAAACUUCCUGAUAAACCUCCUGCAGAUCUUCGGCAAUGGGAGAAAGAUGCUUUCUUAAAAGUCAACAAAUUAAACAGUGAAGGAAUACAUGGGGACAUUAACGACCAAGUUGAAGAGGUCAAGUAUACAUAUAGAAAAUUAAUUGAGUUGAAAGUUCUUUGCCAUUUUCGAAUCGUUGCAACUCACAGAAUUUGGCUCCGAAAAGUUUACAAGCUAUGUUUAGAAAUAGGAAUCCAGUUUCCAGAAAACGUGGAAUCCCUUGUUAACAAACACGAUUUCAGCAAAUAUACACACAAAGAAGUGCUUGGUUAUGCUAUCAUGUUCCAAGAUGGAAAUUUGGACUUCCGAGAACUUACUUUAGAUGAUGAAAAAGUGGAAUGGAAAAACACUUUGUACAACCACUAUGCUCACAACCCACACCAUCCCGAAUAUUUCUAUCCCGAGGAUACGCAGACGGGGGUGAGAGAGAAAACGAAACCAAUUCGAGAACUGGACUCGGAGGAUGGUUUGUGCUACCUUCUUGAAAGUAUAUUGGACAUGCUGGCAUCCCGCGGUGAAAGGUUCCUGAAGGACGACCCUGUUAUUUCGUUGCAAAAGUUAUUUGAAAUGCCAAGGCGAUAUCUUCAACGGUAUCAUGAAAGUGAUCAGGAUUUUGUUGAGGAGACAAUGCAGGAGUGGUCAAAUAUUGCGCAAGAAUAUUUAGCGAAAGAGGAAAAUAGAGAAAAAUUAAAUGGAAUGUUUGACAAUCGAAGGAAAGUGACAUAUGAUUUUCCCGAUACCUCGUAAACUGGUUGUAAAGACUUUUUUUUUGUUUAUAUCAUACAUGUAGUUAUUUUUUAUUCUGAUUUACGCGGAUAUAAAUAUGCGAUAUGUAUCUUUAAAUUUAUGUAAUUUUUACCACUUUCAACCAAUAUUGUCUAAUUAAUUUUGAAUGUUUUGAACACAAGUUACAUUAAAAUAUUAAAACUAACUAUGUUGCGCGUCAGCUUAUGAGAUAACCUGUUAUAGGUAUGUGUACUAAUAUCAUGAAGAUCGUGACUGUGACUAAUAUAUUACAAUGUUCGUUGAUGGUAUCACAAUGUUCGUUGAUGGUAUCACAAUGUUCGUUGAUGGUAUCACAAUGUUCGUUGAUGGUAUCACAAUGUUCGUUGAUGGUAUUACAAUGUUCGUUGAUGGUAUUACAAUGUUCGUAUGUUCGUUGAUGGUAUUACAAUGUUCGUUGAUGGUAUCACAAUGUUCGUUGAUGGUAUCACAAUGUUCGUUGAUGGUAUUACAAUGUUCGUUGAUGGUAUUACAGUGUUCGUUGAUGGUAUCACAAUGUUCGUUGAUGGUAUCACAAUGUUCGUUGAUGGUAUUACAAUGUUCGUUGAUGGUAUCACAAUGUUCGUUGAUGGUAUUGCAAUGUUCGUUGAUGGUAUCACAAUGUUCGUUGAUGGUAUCGCAAUGUUCGUUGAUGGUAUUACAAUGUUCGUUGAUGGUAUUACAAUGUUCGUUGAUGGUAUCACAAUGUUCGUUGAUGGUAUUACAAUGUUCGUUGAUGGUAUCACAAUGUUCGUUGAUGGUAUCACAAUGUUCGUUGAUGGUAUUACCAUGUUCGUUCAUGGUAUUACAAUGUUCGUUGGUGGUAUUACAAUGUUCGUUGAUGGUAUCACAAUGUUCGUUGAUGGUAUUACAAUGUUCGUUGAUGGUAUUACAAUGUUCGUUGAUGGUAUUACAAUGUUCGUUGAUGGUGUAUUACAUGUUAUAGCCCGAGUAGAUUUGUUAUCGCUUUUGCAAACUAUUUGGUAUACAAAAGGGAAUUAUUAGUAUUAGUAAGUUUAAUAAAUUGAAACAGCA